AUGAGGUACAGUCAUGUUCUACAGAUAGCAUGUAUUCUUUUUGAAGUCCGCCAGGCGGCGUCUAACGAGGAGGGGGAAUGGACGGAGUGGUCCCAGUGGUCGGAGUGUUCCGUCACGUGCGGGUAUGGCCUUUACAAACGCCAGAAGACAUGGCAGCCAAGUGUACCUGACGCCCGCGGAGGAGGCGAUACUGAUCCGUACACGUUCGAGGAUAUCCUGGAGUGUAUAACUAGAGUGUCGUGUCCACGUGAUGGAGCGUGGGGUUACUGGGGCGCCUGGAGCGAGUGUUCCCGUAUGUGUGACGGCGGUACCACAACUAGAAAACGCGAGUGUGUUGCACCUAGACCGGAAAAUGGCGGGAAACCCUGUGAGGGCAAGGACCACGCUAAAACAACAUGUAACGAUUGGAAGUGCCCGACCUUGCCCGACCAUUUUGAUGUCCGCCUAUGCAACGAGACGACGUACAUGUGUCUGAGCCAGAAGCAGUGUAUCCCCGCGGCCAAACGCUGUGACAACGUGCUGCAGUGCCACGACGGGUCUGAUGAGCACAAGUGUGAAUACUACUACUUUUCCAGUGCAAAUUUUGUGAGCAUAUCAGCCUUGAUUUGGACAUGCCUGACCACUGUGGUAUUCUUAACAAUGGGAUCCUGAUAGAAAUACAACUGGAAUAAGUGUGAUAU